CAUCAGAUCUCGUCUGGUUUUAUCCGGUCACGCUAACCUCCUUUCAGUCACUUGUCUGCCUGCUAGGGUGUAUCGUGUGUGACGGAAAAUCCCCGGUUGCCAUCAUGGACUUUACCGGGCUUCGGCGUGCAUGUAACCACCCUGGGGUUGAUUUUGUGAUUUUGUGGCGUCAUCGUACAACCAGCUGGAAGUGGCCUAACGCCACAACCCAAAGCCUCAGAUGGUAGUUGAAUGCAAGGUCAUGGAGCCGAGCGAGGUUGCGUUGGGAGUGGUUGGGUUGCGGGUGUAAGUGGGUUGUGCUCCUGAGCAGCUAUGGAGCAGCAUGCAACAGAAGCCAAUACCAUGACAUCUGAACGGGCUGCCGGCGGGGACGACCAGGCGAGCGGGCUGCGCGUCGCGCUGCUGCGCCUCAUGGAUGAGAAGACCCAUCUGGAGGAGCAGAUCAGCCAGAUGGGCAACGUCCUCUCCACGCAGCGGGUCGGCAUGGACGAGCCGCUGGUGGACGCGGAUGACUACCCGCGCGCCGACAUCGACGUGUACUCGGUGCGGCACGCGCGCUCGCAGCUGCGCCGCCUGCAGAACGACCACCGGGCGCUGAUGACGCGCAUCGAGGCCGGCCUGGCCGAGCUGCACGGCCGGCAGCGGGCGGCGGGCGGCGCGGCGCGUGAGCCCGACAGCGCGCCGACGCCGCCGGCCGCCUUUCUGCAGGUGACGGGCGUGAGCGACGGCUCGCCGGCAGCGGCGGCUGGCCUGCAGCGCGGCGACCAGCUGGCCGCCGUCGGCUCCGUACACGCCGACAACUUCGGCACGCUGGCGGACGUGGCGGCGGCGGUGCGCCACAGCGCCGGCCGGCCGCUGCCGGUGACGGUGCUGCGGGACGGCCGCCGGCUGGCGCUGCAGCUAACACCGCGGCCCUGGGCCGGCGCCGGCUUGCUCGGCUGUAGCCUGCUGCCGCUUGACCGGCCGGAGCGGUAGGAACGCUGGAACGCCGGGAAGCCGCGGUGCGGUGCCAUGCGGACGCUGGACUGCCGAUGGGAGUGGCUGGAAUGGGUUGGAAUGGUGGUACUGUGCCAUGCUGCCCAUUUGCGGGUGUAGGAACAAACUGCAAGGGCGGAAUGGUCUUCGCGCAAAAAUACGUGUGCCAGCCCUGGGAUGGACGAGUUGACUACGAGAUGGACGAUGUAAAGAAGGCUGACAGGUCAUGCCGGUUUUUUGUUAAAAGGGGAGGGGGCGGGGGUAUUGAAUCCCAUAGCUCACACUAGUGAAUACUUGAUGAAGGCAAACUGAUUUCGGGGAAGUAUCAUGCUCGUAGUGAGAGUCUACUAAAGCUGAGCUAUCUUGCCCUAGAACGCCGUUAUGUCGCCAUUCACAAAUUUCUAGGCGGGCUGGUUUGCUUGAAACUGAGACCGGAGAUAGCCAUCGUGCAUGAAGAGAGCACUUGGGCAGGGCUGUAGUAAUUACGUGCUAGCGACAAGGGGCUGCAGGCGAAGUGAUGGCCUGCAUGUCUGAUGUGCCGCUAAACCACACGUAUCCGCGACACCCGCUUGAGGCCGUGCGUCAGCCUGGUCUCUGCUCGUGGCGUCGCCGCGUGAGCGGUGCGAUGUGGCCUUAGGGGGCAUAUCAGCCGGCGCGGCAGUGUGAUAGCCGACUUUCCUGUGGGGUCUGAGUGUCGCAACCGGUCGGAUAACGCCGUCGGUACGCGAUUAGUGUGCCCAGGGUUAUAUGACCUGUGUGUUUCGAGUCAACAUGGCGUGAUGGGGUUUUCCUGGUUGGCGGCAGUGAGUCGAGUGGGGGAAGCGUGUCGUUGCUGCUUGCUAUGCUGUUGCCUGAUUCUAGUAUCGCCGUGUAUGUGAUAGCCAGUGUCGACUUGAUUAUGCUAAUGAGAUGCUGGUAUAGCCUUCAUUCAUUUCGGGGCUGUGCGACGGGAUACUUGUUAGUACAUUUGCUCUGCUGGACUGUUAAAGACGCCUACAAAAAGUUGAUAUGUUUCUAUAAUCCUGUCGUGCACACUGGCAACGGCUCUGCCGCGCAGCAUGCAAGUUUGGUGAUUGCUGCCAAAUGCGAGUACCGAAAUAUAUGGUUCACUUAAUGC